AUGUCCUUCGCAGCGAGCGCGGCGCGAGCCUACUCGCACAAGCUGCCGCCCUCCUCGCGCGCAUGGCUCGCGCGACAGUUCGGCGACCCGUUCGUGAAGGCGCGGCUCUCGCACCCGGCACACUACCGCUCGCGCGGCGCGUUCAAGCUGCUCGAGCUCGAGGCGCGCUUCAAGUUCCUGCGCGCGCCCGACGUGCGCGCCGUCGUCGACCUCGGCGCGGCCCCCGGCGGCUGGAGCCAGGUCGCCUCGGGCAAGCUCGGCUGGAGCCUCGACGGCCAGCCGCUCGCGGACGACGACGACCCGCUCGCGUACCUCAACGCUGGGCCCGACGACGACGACGACGCAGCGCGCCAAGGUCGUGGCGUGAUCGUCGCAGUCGACCUCCUCCCGAUGCACCCGAUCCCUGGUGUGCAGACGCUGCAGACAGACUUCCUCGCGCCCGACGCGGACGAGCUCGUCGAGGCGUUGCUCGCGACGGCGGGCGGACGCGGCGUCGACGUCGUGCUCUCGGACAUGGCCGCCAACUGCACCGGCAGCGCUGUCGCGGACACCGAGGCGAGCCUGCAGAUCUGCGAGGCGGUGCUGGCGUUCGCGAGGCGGCACUUGCGCACGGCGAGAGAGAUCGGAAGGAGGCGGGGAGGGGUCCUUGUACUGAAGCACUUCCAGCACCCGUUGCUACAACAGUUCAGGGAGGAAGAACUCGAGCCCCGGUUCUAUUCAGUCAUGUACCACAAGCCCCAGUCCAGCCGAGACGAGUCUAGUGAAGGCUACUGGGUCUGUCUAGGGUGGAAGGGUGAUCAAAAAUGA